GCAGCCAGGGCUGUCUUUAUCCUCCUGGCCAAUAUGAGGGUGUCUUUGCUUGGUUUCGGUUUAUUUGCCGCCGUGACGGUCCAGGCUAUUCUGAACCCUGCGGACAAUGAACAUGAGGUAUCCUGUCGCUGCACCCCUGAUCAACCAUGCUGGCCAACGAACGACGACUGGGCAGCUCUCAAUUCCACAAUUGAAGGGAACCUGGCUGCACUCAAACCACUCGCAUAUCCUUGCCAUGCGCCAGAUUUCAACGCCGCAGAGUGUUCCCUUAUUCAGUCAAAUGCACACAAUUCGAGUUAUCGGGCCCUGCAGCCAGGAGCCAUGCAGUAUGAAAACUGGGGCGCGGAUCCUUCCAGAGACGAACAGUGUUACGCUGCGAGUGCGCAGUCAGUGCCAUGCGGCCAAGGUAGAAUCCCUUUAUAUUCCGCCGCCGUGAGGACAUCGCGCCAUAUACAAGCAGUCGUUAGGUUUGCUGCGGAGCACAAUGUCAAACUCGUUAUUAGAAAUACAGGACAUGAUUUCCUGGGCCGGUCAAGUGCGCCUCAUUCUCUGCAGAUUUUCACGGGGCAUAUGAGAGAUAUCGACCUGACGGAUAGCUUUGCGCCUGCGGUUCCUGAUGGGACUGCGUGGCCAACUGGCGUUCGAGCGGUUACCGUGGACGCUGGGGUUCAGUUGGGGGAAUUAUACGAGUAUUUGGGUUCCAAGGGCGCCAUGGUGGUUGGGGGUUUCUCAAGCACUGUUGGCAUGGCCGGGGGGUAUAUUCAAGGGGGAGGCCACUCGGCCAUGGGGUGGCUCCAUGGCAUGGCCAGUGACAAUGUACUUGAGUUUCAAGUGGUUCUUGCAGAUGGAUCAUUUGUCUUUGCAAAUGCAUACCAGAACUCCGAUCUAUUCUUCGCCUUGCGAGGAGGAGGUGGUGGAUCAUUCGGCGUCGUUGUAAGGGUGACAGUAAUCGCAUACCCCGACUACCCAGCAAUAGCCGUGAGAACAAACUACACAUUGCCAGCAUCUAGCAGUCGAUUCUGGGAUGGUGUGGAAACAGUCCACAACCAUCUGCUGGAGCUGAAUGACAACGGCGGUACUGGAUAUUAUAUGAUUACACCGAGAAGCAUUGCAGCCGUGAAUAGUUCCACAUUCGAGCUGUUCAUGGUGUUUAUAAACCAUACCGAUCCCAGCAUCCCUGAGAGACUCAUCCGUCCAGUGAUAUCAGAAUUGGAAAGGGCAAUUGGGGUGACUCCAUCCCUCAACACCUUUUCAUUCCCUACACUGUCAGGCAUGUUCUCUGCUGUCCUCCCUAAAAAUGAAACGACCGGAAUAUUCAGCCAACUGGGCUCACGCCUCUUAUCUCGCUCUUUGCUUUCAAAGGAGGACGGACCUGCCCAGAUCUCAAGCGCCCUCUCACAACUCGACCUUGGUCUAGGCGAGUAUAUUCAAGGGACGGUAGUCGCUGGAGGCAAAGUCGCCAAAAACAGACACAUCCGCAGCGGCCUGAAUCCGGCAUGGAGAGAGGCAGCCAUCCAUGUUCUUUUCACAACGCGUUGGGAUGCAAGCACAAGCUUUUCCCAGCAGGUUGAUAUUUCUAAGGAUAUUACGGAUAAUAAAGUGGCCAUCCUUAGGUCGCUGGAGCCGGGUACUCUGGGUGCGUAUGUGAAUGAAGCGGACGCGAACGAGGUGGAUUUUCAGCAAUCAUUCUGGGGUGGGAAUUACGAGCAGCUGUAUAAUAUAAAGAGUCACAGGGACCCUGAUGGCAUGUUUAUUGCGCGGAAGGGGGUGGGGAGCGAGGAUUGGGAUGAUGAUGGGCUGUGUCGGACUUGGAUGUGAAUGGGUAUAGGGCUAUGACCGCAUUAAUGGGUUUAUGCUGUGCUAGCUUCAUUAGCAGUAGCACUGGAGAUAAUAUUAUCACGGGCUUUAUGAAAUGGAUAUAUACAGAGGUAGGCGGUAGAGCCCAUGCUAUGCCAGCACAGCCUCUUUCCAAGUAUUUGGGGCGAUAACGCAUAUUGGAAGCUGUCAUGGAGUCAGCUCUCAGCCUGAAAUGAUAUACUGCAUGACUCCGUCAGGGC